UAUUGGAUUUUGCGAAAGUCAAUAAAUCCACGAUUUAGUACAAUGGUGUAAAUUAUAAUAUGCGUUAAGCUUGUUAAGUUGUUACUUUUAAACAAGUUGUAAGGAUUUUUUUAACCUUCAAAAUAAUCUUGUUUCAAAUAGAACGUAUUUUAAUGGCGAAACAAGUGGUUUUACAAAAUGUUUUGGGUUUUAUUAUGGAAAAAACAAAAGAUUAAGUAAGGAGUUAUGUAACAACACGCUUAAAUAGAUCAGUGAUUUUUUAAAAGACUGGACAUACCCAGAAAUCAGGGAUGUUGCUGCAUAUUUUUAUGGAGAUACGGAUUUAAAUAGGCGUUCUUGACAUAAGUUCAUAUUCUUACUAAACUUUGAAGAAUAAUGAGUGCUCGGACUUACAGAUCCUGGUCAUCACGGCCUUCACGAUCGGCCAGAACGUAUAGAUCAACAGCGUCUCGACCGUCGUCUGGAUGUUCUCUCGUUGAGGGCAACUUCCGGGUCAUGACCCCAGGGACUCCAAUCAUACCGGAAAUUCAUAUAACAAACAGAAGCAGACGACAAAAAGAAAUCACGAUUAAUGACGCGCCAAUGAUGUUACUUCCAAAAGCACGUGUCCGCGAUAGUCUCGAUUACUAUGACCAAUUCAGACGGUCAUAUAGCGUGGUUGCCGACACGUCGGCUCAGGGACUUCAUAUAUCCACCGUACAGUCUUAUAGUUGUUUGGAAAGCAAAACACCGCACAAAUCUGUUCUAAAAUCACGACGAAAUUCCAUUUCCCGGAGCGAAGCUGACAGUGGAUUUUGUUCACUAAAAAGAGCUGUUACUUUUGAAAACCUCAGCCAUAGUCAGAGUAGUGUAUACAAAUCCGACGAUGACUUAGAUAACCUAUCAGACAGUUCUGACGAAGACAAACUUGAUAAUCACACGGACGAUCAUUUACCCGACAUUCAAUCAACUCUGGAUGAUAUCCCUGAUCAUCUUGAAUCUUUUAGUAACGGUGAUUUUGUGUUAGCGGAUCCGCAGUAUGUUCCCCGUCCGCCGUCGAGGACGGAAGGAUAUCAGGUUCAUAAUCGCCGACGGCACGGGCAGCACGGGAAUCAUGAUAUAAGUGCUUGCGAAAUAUGUGGAGUAGUUCUUUCAGAAAAGGACAAGGUGAAAAUGAAGUUUGGGAAGGUUGACAAGUUCUUGGAUUGGGUCAUGUCAAAAUGGGGUCCGGACUAUUAUGAACGAUUAAGAAGAGAGUUGCAAUAUAUACCCAGACCUAGUUAUGUACAUUUUUUUGAAGGUAGUCUAGUGACUAUGUUCCCAUAUUACAUGGGAGAGAUCAUGUUUUGUCUUUGGUGUCUGUCACUCCAUCCACAUAAAAAAUUUAGCUUUUCAAGGGGUUCUAGGUCCGGCCUGACACAUACGCCAAAGUUGGAAGAUUACGAAACCGAAACUGUAAAUGAACCAAGUGGUACGGAGGGUCGGCCAGGAUCACCAAGUUCGCUAGAUGGCGACAGUCGACUUGAGGAGGAUGGUCAGCAACAACCAGUUACUGGCAUUGAAGUAAGACUGGGUUCUCCGAUUAAAUCAGACAGGAGCGUAAAAAGUUUCGCUUCUAACGAUGAUAGAAAACCUAAAAUGGAUGAUCUGUUAAGUUCUCGAUCAGGAAUGUCUAUACCGGAAGAGAAGGAAGAAAAAGGAGACAUAGAUAAACAACAUGGUGCUUUUGAAGAUUACUCAAAGACAGUGACAGAGUCAGUGGUUGUCCCCAGUGGUUCAGACAGUGACAAUAAUAACAGAGCUGAAAGUCCACGUCAGCCCCCUCCGAGCCCAGAACCUCAAAAGCAGACCAUUGUUCCAAAGGAGGUUCCCUUGCCUACCACUGCGGCACCGGCAAAAAAGAGGGGUUGUAUAAAUAAAAAGACAAAGAAACCGAUUGAGAGAACAAGAAAGAUGAAGCAAGUAGAGGAACCAAAAGAACCGGAACCAGUCAAACUUGAAGAGACGCCAGCCACUGACACACCAGCAGUUGAAAGUGACAAGGUAGAUUCAAAGCUAGACCUCAAGGUUCCUGACUUACCAUCUAAUCUUGAGAAAGAGAAAACAAAGAAAGAAAAAUCAAAAGCAAAGAGACAUUUAAUUGAACAAGAGGAUGACCUGUACAGGCCAGACCCAGGGGAGUUGUUGAAUGAACAGCUGAGACAGAACAGAGCUGAAUUUGAUUGGUCAAACAUGGAACAAAACGGAGUUGAAGAUAUAAAGCGACCAUCAAAGAUCAAGUCAUGGAUUUCAGGCAGACUGGCCCUGUCACAACAAGCCAGUAGGUUUGAGUUGCCCAUGGAUAUGAAAAACCUUGAAAAAAUGACCCCUCAGGAUUAUAUCAGAAAACACUGUAUCAUCACAUCAAGACGUCAAAACUUGUACCAGAAAAUAUUCAUGAAAAACAAGGACAAGUCACAUACUAUCUUAUAUAAGGAUUUGGACCGAUCCUUGAAGGACGUACUGGUGAACACAAUUACCUCGGAACAGGUGCAAGAAGUGCUGAACACGUUAAAUAUCACAGAAAACACGAAGGUGGAUUAUCAACUGUUUGCUGGAAUGGCGGCAUUUGCAGAACGUGUUCUAUACCCAUCUUUUGUCACAGACGAGUAUCUUCGAAAACUUAUAGAAUUAGAGAUAGCAUUUGGUCUGUUAGGUACGGAAGACACUCAGGAUAUGCCAGAAUACCAAAGAGAGAAGAUUGAGUGUGCUGAUUUCUCUGCGUUACCAUGGAAACUACAUGGGGUCAAGGUCAAACCAGAUAUGAGAAAAAUGUUGGAACAGAUCAGCUGAUAAUUUGCAUUUGAAGUGUAUCUGUAGCCUUGUUCAUGUUGAACACGUGUUAGACACUAGCAGAAUUUCUUUUAUAACUUCAAUUAAAGAAGAAAUUAACUGUUUAUUAUUAAAAAAAUGUGCUUGGCUGGCCCCCAGGUCAUCAGUGUUUUACUUAUGCUCUGUCCAUAUACAGGGCUACAGUCACUGAUUUGGUAAAUGGCCUUGCAAGUGUUGCUCAUGCAAAAGCCGUUAGCAAGUAAGAAAUCAAGAUUGAUUUGAUCCAAACAUUUACGAACAGGUCUACCCUAGCAUAUUUUGAAUUAGUGCGCCUGAUUUGUCCAUUAUUUACCCUAUAAUCUGGAGUAGAAGGAUCCACAAUAGAUGUUUGGUAGAGUUGAUUUCUGGAAAAUAGUGGUAAAAAGGUCAUAGCAAUAAGUGCUUGUGAUUUCUGUUGCAGAAAACAACUGAAAUUAUUCAAAUAAGCUAAAUAUAUAUUCUUUAUUCUGUAUAUAUUUUUUUCAUUCUUUUUACCAAAGAGAAUUUACAUGUAAAGGGAGAUAAUAAUGAUUAUGUGUAAAGUGUAUAUACAUGCUAUUUAGUCUAUAUUACAAUGAACAUUGCAUAAUACGCAAUUUUGUAUGACUUUAUCCAAUUACUUUAUGAUCUUGCAUUAAAAUAUGUUGUUUUUUUAUUUAAUUUGUUUAUUUUGAUGUUUUAUAGUUUAUUCUUGAAAGGAUGUUCAUUAUUGAAUACCAAUUAUUUUGGUUAAACUCACAAUUUGUGUUGUAAUAUCAGAGAUUGCUAUAUUACGUAUGUACGCGACUUUCAACAAAUUGUCGUUUAGUUAUUUACUUACCAUAGUAGUUAUUUUGCAUUGAAGUAGCAAUACCUUUGAUUGGGAUAAAUAAAACUAGUCUUGUUGAAAUAGUGAGAGCAUUAUCUUGUUAAUUUAUGGUACACAUGUACGUAAUUUGUUGUAAGAAUUUUGUACAUGUACUUAUAUAGACAAACUUCGUUAAAUCUCAACCUGCCUAUUUAUAGAACUUAUAUCUUUGUUUCAAAUGUAGUUGCCACAGUUUAUAUUAUUAAUAUUAAUUUCUUGAUAAUCUCUUUUUUCGGUAAUUGUUUUUUCUUUUCAGAUAUUUGUCGAAGAUUUGAAUACUUGAUUUAUGUAGUUGAAAGUAUGGUACAAUCUGUUGUGUCUACUUGGUCAGUCUCAGCAUAACCUUUCACCCUUAGCCUGCUAAAUUUCUAAAAUGGACUGGUCCAUCAUUCAAUUUUGGCAAUACCAUUUAUUAUUAGAAGGGGUGUUCACUGAAAAUUUGCUGACUGGAUAGCGAACAGUGCAGACCAUGAUCAGUCUGCAGCAGGCUAAAGGUUAAGCAUAAUGGAAUUUAAAAUAAUUUGGCUCACAAUGUUUAAAACUGUGGGUAUUUGAGUUAAAGAUGACACUUUAUAAUUGUUAAGAAUCUGUUGAUAAAUUUGCUAUUUUUCUAUUUUAUUUGAUAUCAUUUAUGAAAUUUCAUUUUCCAGUCAAAUGUUUUAAGCACCACUGAUUUUUAGAAGUUUUUUUUAAAAAAUUCUGAAUUGGGUUAGCAUAUACCUUAAACUUACAUUACCUUCAUACAGCUUUUACAUAAAUGAGCCGCACCAUGAGAAAACCAACAUAGUGGCUUUGCGACCAGCAUGGAUCCAGACCAGUCCGUGCAGUCUGGUCUGGAUCCAUGCUGGUCGCAAAGCCACUAUGUUGGUUUUCUCAUGGCACGGCUCAAAUAUUUUUUCUUCACUUCGAAAUUUGCAAUUUGUUUAUUGUACUGUGUAAUCAGGUGAGCAUAUAGUAAUUACUAGUAUAGGCCUUUUUUUUUGGCUUUUUGUAUUAAAGAUUUUUAAACUUGUGAUAUUGAAAAAUUUGUGAUAUUUUUGUUUGUAUACAUAUAUUAUGCAAUCUGUCAUGUUAUAAUAAGACCAUUCUGUUAGAAACAAAUUUCAAAAUUUUUAACAUAUCAUAGAUUAUGUUUUGAAGACAUUUUUUUGUAAACCUGAAAAUAAACCCUAUAUAGGAGUACAAAUGACAGUUGUUUUUUUUCUGAACAGAAAAAAAAUCACAUUUUUCCAAUAAGCAGAAUUUUGAAUAUUUGAGUCAGAUGGUCCUAUUUUUACACAAUAAUUUGCAUUGAAAUUGUUUAAAUGUUUAUGCAUUUCAGCUGUUUAGAUUUUAUAAACUUUAUUUCAUGUCAGCAAUAAAACAGAAAUUUUCUUA